GCAGACAACGGAGCGGAUACGCAACUUGAACGUGAACGUGAACGCAUUGCCCGCAAGACAAGACACCAAGUACGAGCAUUAAGGUUUACCCCCUGUUAGGCAGCCGAUAAUCCGGGAAUCAGAGAGACGUCGUCGUUAUUAGGGCAACCAAUUAGCCAAGUCAGUGAUUGUGAUAAUGCUUAAAGGUGUUCCCACGCUAGCCGGUCGAAACCUUCGUCUUCUGACGACCCAGGCACAGGUGCUGGUCCAUCAGCGCGCCAAGGCGUCCGCCGCCGAGCCCGUCGAGGAAUUCGACCAGGAGACGGAUCUCUUGAAGCGCGCCAAGUUCGGACACACGGGCAAGCAUCUGCAGCAGAAAAUAAUCAAUGAGAAAAAACUGCGCGCUCCACCGCUUAUGAACUUGGUGUUUGCCAAUCGAAAGUUGUCCUUCUACGAUACCAGUUCCACGCCAAAGACCAAAGAGGAUAAUGCCAAGCUCAGUCAGAGACGCCACUAUUCGAUGCGGCCCCAUCGCGAGCAGGAGCAGCGAAAUGCGGAGGAUGUGCUAUUCGACAUGUUCGCCAGCGAGGAGACGGGCCUCAUCUCCAUGGGCAAGUUCCUGGCCGGGCUCAAGACCACCGGCAUACGCAGGAACGAUCCGCGAGUGCGCGAACUGAUGGACAACUUGAAGAAGGUGCACAAGCUGAACAACUACGAGACGGGCUCCUCCGCGGAAACGCAGCAUCUCAAUCGGGAGACCUUCAAGGCUGUGGUGGCCCCCAAUAUUGUGCUGAUUGCCAAGGCCUUCCGGCAGCAGUUCGUGAUCCCCGACUUUACGAGCUUCGUCAAGGACAUCGAGGACAUCUACAAUCGCUGCAAGAGCAACACCCUGGGCAAGUUGGCCGACUACAUUCCGCAGCUGGCUCGCUACAAUCCCGACUCCUGGGGCCUGAGCAUCUGCACCAUUGAUGGGCAGCGCUUCUCCAUCGGCGACGUGGACGUGCCCUUCACACUCCAGAGUUGCAGCAAGCCACUGACCUACGCCAUUGCCCUGGAGAAGCUGGGCCCCAAGGUGGUGCACUCGUAUGUGGGCCAGGAGCCCAGCGGCAGGAUCUUCAACGACCUCGUCCUGGAUCAGAACAAAAAGCCGCACAAUCCGAUGAUCAACGCUGGGGCCAUCCUGACCUGCUCGCUGAUGAACGCCUUGGUGAAGCCGGACAUGACCUCCGCUGAGAUCUUCGACUACACCAUGUCCUGGUUCAAGCGGCUGUCCGGCGGAGAGUACAUCGGCUUCAAUAACGCCGUUUUCCUGUCCGAACGGGAAGCUGCCGAUAGGAACUACGCGCUGGGCUUCUACAUGCGGGAGAACAAGUGCUUCCCCAAGCGCACCAAUCUUAAGGAGGUGAUGGACUUCUACUUCCAGUGCUGCUCCAUGGAGACCAACUGCGAGGCCAUGUCCGUGAUCGCCGCCAGUUUGGCCAACGGUGGCAUCUGUCCCACCACCGAGGAGAAGGUGUUCCGGCCGGAGGUCAUCCGGGAUGUGCUCUCGAUCAUGCACUCCUGCGGCACGUACGACUACUCCGGGCAGUUCGCCUUCAAGGUGGGUCUGCCAGCCAAGUCCGGAGUCAGUGGCGGCAUGAUGCUAGUCAUCCCCAACGUAAUGGGCAUCUUCGCCUGGUCCCCGCCCUUGGAUCACUUGGGCAAUACAGUGAGAGGACUACAGUUUUGCGAGGAGCUGGUCUCCAUGUUCAACUUCCAUCGCUACGACAACCUGAAGCAUCUGUCCAACAAAAAGGAUCCCAGGAAGCACCGCUACGAGACCAAGGGCCUGUCCAUCGUGAAUCUGCUCUUCUCAGCUGCCAGCGGAGAUGUGACGGCCUUGCGCCGCCAUCGUCUCUCCGGAAUGGACAUCACCCUGGCCGACUACGAUGGUCGCACUGCCCUCCACUUGGCUGCCUCCGAGGGACACUUGGAGUGCGUCAAGUUCCUGCUGGAGCAGUGCCAUGUACCCCACAACCCCAAGGAUCGUUGGGGCAAUCUGCCCGUGGAUGAGGCCGAGAACUUUGGCCACAGCCACGUGGUGGAGUUCCUGCGCUCCUGGGCCGAGAAGGUUGAUCUGUCCAACGAGGAGUGCAACCCCGAGGCGGUGACCAGCAAGACACAAGCGGAUGAGGUCAGUUCAAGUUCAAGUCCGUGUUCAAGUCCGAGUCCAAGUUCAAGUCCAGGUUCAAGUCCAAGUUCAAGUCCGUGUUUAAGUCCAGGUUCAAGUCCAGGUUCAAGUUCAAGUCGAAGUCCAAGUUCAAGUCCCUGUUUAAGUCCAGGUUCAAGUCCGUGUUCAAGUCCAGGUUCAAGUUUGAAGACGGGAAACCUCUUGGGGCAAAAUCAAAGCAUUCCAAAUGACAACUUAAAGCUGAACUCCAAUCUCACCUUCCAGGAAAUCUGCAGCACCAGCGACCUGGAGACCAGUCCGACCACCAGUCCCAUUCCCACGCCUGUGGAAUCCGGAUCCAGGGCAGGAUCAGGACGAUCCAGCCCGGUGCCAUCGGAUGCGGGCAGUACGGCGAGCGUCGGAAGCAGCAUCGAUGACAAAACCAAGCCGGGACUAUAAGCGCACAGAGAUCCGGGAUCCCAGCAGAAUCUCUCUGACUAAAUUAUUCGCACAACCUUUUAGUUUAUAUAUGAUGUAUUAGAUUAAAGUUAAGAGUACCCGAGAUACCAUCAGUUCACGCUGGCCGGUUAGUCCUAUAUAAUUUGUAGUAGUCAUCCCAUCGUGCAAGUCGUCGUCCUUCGCGGCGGAUCCACUGCACGAGCGGCAUUUGUACUUGUACUUGGUAGUGCUUAGAUAGCCACAAAAAUUCCAUGUUAUCCUACGAAACAAUGACAAUAAUCCUUACGGAUAUCUUAACUAACCCACGCAAUUUGGGUCUGUGACCCGCGUAAAUGUAUUGCAUUCGUACUUGUCAAUUGAUAUUUGUAUGCUUUUGAAUGUGUAUUAAUAAUCCCGUUUAUAAAGAUCAAUAUAUGUCUGUUUAGAUAUACCUGAUAGCGAUUGAAUAUAUACACGUUUAGCUGAAAAUACACAAAUAUUUGAAUAUCGUUACUUAAUGGGUCUUUUAAGGUGGCAGACUAUACUAUACACGAUGUUCAAUGGUUAAAUCCUUUUACCCAAACUUUUAAAAUUUGUAAUAAAAGACGUGUAACUACAAAUUUCUAAUAAACAAUGGCAAUUAUACUUUUUAAAUCACUAA